AUCAUUUUCCUUUUCAUGUGUAACGACAUUUCCAUAUUUCUGUUGUACAGUUCAAGAAAGAGAAAAAAAAAAAAGAAAGAGAGAAAUUCUCUCUCUUUUUUUUCCCUUCUGAAAAAAAAAUAAAAAUAGAAGAGAAAUUGAUAAAAAAAGUUUACAUAUUCAAAUCAAUCAUAUCCAGCAUUCACAACAACAUAAUAUAAAGAAUUUCUAUAUUUCCAAAUUCCAAAUACAUGGCGGAAGCAGGUCGACCACUUCCAAAAUUUGGUGAGUGGGAUGUCAAUGACCCAGCUUCAGCUGAGGGGUACACGGUCAUCUUUAACAAAGCUAGAAACGAGAAAAGGUCUGGUGGCAAGGCAGACUCGCCACCAAGCGGUAACUACAAGCGUGCAGCAACUCUUGGGAAGCCUCAAUCUAAGAAAUGGUUCUGCUGUAUGCGAUCCGGUGCUGCUGAUUGAUGAAACUGCAAUGGGAAGUAUAACAUUUUUGAGACCAUAAUUCUAUAGAAGUGUUCCUAAAUAUUAGAGCUGUAGUCAAGCUAUGAUGUUGCCUAGUGGAAUAAAACUAUGUCAUUUAUAAAAUAACUGAAAUUACAGACUUUUGUUAUCAAAACAUAGUGUUAUCUGUGCUUAAUUUUCCUAA